AAAAAGCUGGAGGGAUAUGAAUUCUAUGAAAAAACUCUUGGUAGCCCCAAGCACAUUAUUGCGCCCAUGGUCGAGCAAUCCGAACAAGCUUGGCGGAUAUUAAGCAAGCGUUAUGAUUCCCAUUUAUGCUUCACACCAAUGUUCCAUGCCAAGCUAUUUAGUGAUUCUUUUAGUGGUCCAAGAUACAGAAAAGAUCAGUGGAGCACAAACGAAAAAGAUCGACCUCUUAUUGUACAGUUUUGUGCGAACGAUCCAUAUAUACUGCUUAAUGCAGCCAAGAUGGUAGAACAUCAAUGCAAUGCGAUUGAUUUAAACCUUGGGUGUCCACAGAAUAUUGCAAAACGGGGGCGUUAUGGAUCAUUCUUGCAGGAUGAAUGGAAAGUAAUUGAAUCUAUGAUAUCUUUGCUUCAUCGUGAACUAUAUGUACCAGUCACUGCCAAGAUUCGGGUCUUUCCGACUGUCGAGAAGACAGUAGCUUAUGCAAAAAUGCUCGAAAAUGCAGGGGCCCAACUUUUGACUGUUCACGGUCGCGUAAGAGAACAGAAAGGGCAUCACACAGGUCUGGCUGACUGGGAUAAAAUCAAGGCGGUAAAGGAUACUGUUAAAAUACCUGUAUUUGCCAAUGGAAACAUUCUUUAUCAUGAAGAUGUUAAAAGUUGUCUUGAUUAUACUGGGGCGGACGGUGUUAUGAGUGGAGAAGGACAUUUGUACAAUCCUACCAUAUUUACACCUCAGGAUAUGCCACCAUUGUCGUGGGUUAUUGCUCAAGAAUACCUAGAAAUAUGCAGGGAUAUCUGCCCAACGCGCCACAGCAUCAUGAAAUCGCACCUCUUUAAACUAUUUCAUUCCGCAUUGCCUUUACACACAGAUUUGCGAGAGAAGUUGGGUAAAUCUUUGAAUUGGCAGCAUUUGUGGGAU